UCAAGUGAGAGUAUCUCCGCUGGAUGUGCCUGGAUUGUCAAAGCUGGUGGAGGAUGGGGUAGAGCGGACUGCUGCCGCAAAUCAAAUAUACGGACGGUUCCAUCGGAUGCACAAGACGCUAAAACAUCCGCUUCAUGGGACGCACGCUCAGAGUAAUAUCCCAAAGGCGGAUAGAGCCAUCGCCGCUCGCAGUGACAAGUUGAUUCUCGUGUAUUUCAGACCAGGCAACAUCGAACAGAGCAUCUUGAGUUUCGAAACUAGAUCUGAGUCAGUACCAAAAGUUGAACAAUUAGAAGAGAGAUGCACUAACAACUUCUCAGUCGUUGCAUUUAUAGGGGCCAUAGGAGCACCACUCAUCAUCAACUCGCUAUGGGGUAUCCUGAUUUCCGUCUUUGUUGGAAUCGAGACCAACUAUCACGCGACCAAAGCCUUCGCUAAUGUUUGUGAAUGGACGAUAGGACUCCAGUUGGUCGUGGAAGGAUCCGAACACCUAGAAAUCGGACCAUCGGUUGUUCUCUAUAAUCAUCAAACUAUGAUGGACAUGGUUUUCAUGGGACGCGCCAUGCCCCGUAGAUCGGUCGUCCUUGCAAAGAAGUCAUUGAAAUGGGUUCCGUUCUUCGGGCAAUACCUCUAUUUUAGCCGCGCCAUCUUCCUUGACCGGCAGAACAACAAGGACGCUGUAGCAUCACUUCAUACCGCCAGUCAAACGUUGUUGGAACAGAAUGCCUCCUUGCUGGUCUUUCCUGAAGGAACUCGCACUCUCACUGCCGCGAACACGUUGAAUCCUUUCAAAAAAGGCGCAUUCCACGUUGCGAUCGAAGCAGGUAUUCCGAUCAUUCCGGUGGUCUUUGAGAACCAAUGGAAAAUUUAUCGACCUGGCGUAUUUGAGAAGGGCGUAUGCAAGAUCAAAGGAAUGGCACCAGCAGAGGCCGCAGGUCUGGCGGUUUCGACGCGAGAGCUAAUGCAAAAGGCUUUGGAGGAGAUAUCAGUCAAAGCGUGA